CUCAGUCUCAGUAUUAAUAGGCUGGAUCCUGCCUCAAACCGGAGGACAUGCGCGCUGCAGGACGGGAGGUGUUGCACGGCGUCCCGGGGAAAGACGCGUUUAGUACUGCUGUCUCCGUGAUAACUCCAUCAUGAUGCGAAACUCGAUCUCCGCUCGCUCGUUUUCGUAGAAAGACGCGGGGAGAUCGUUUUCCUUCCAUGUUUGGACUCUAAUAAAUUAUUGAAGACUUUGCCGCAUCUGGAGCUCCCGUUUUUUUCUUCGGAUAGAAGAGCGUAAAGGUUGGAUUUUUCUAAAAACGGGCCGCCCCCGCCGCCACCCUGAAGUUCAUCGUUGUCAUCUUGGCCGCCGGGAUGGUGGCCUUCAUCGGAGCGGUUAUCUGCAUCAUCGCGGCUGUUCACACCGGAUCCUCCAAGGCUGCCGCGGCUCGCCGGCAGCCCGCGGCCGAUAACCACUCUCUGUACCCGGACGCCGCGGCGCAGACGCCCGCCGCCGCAGGGGGCUCCCUGGCCCGGCCCGGCUCUCUGGGAGCUCUCCACGGGUCUGAAACGCCCGACUCCGAAGCGCCCACCUUCAACGUCGGCCUCGGCGGGCUGGACGGGGUCAGCGGGCUCACGGGACACGACCCCGCGGUCAGCCGACUCAUCUGCACCCCGGUGCCCGCCGGAGGCUGCAGCAGCAGGAACUUUCAGCAACAGGCGGACGACCCGUCGCUGUACGCCGGGGAGGACUGGGGCUACCUGCGGACCAGCGCGGAGGAGCUCCGGCAGACCGUCCUGCAGCAGAAGGACCAGAUCCUGACCGACCAGAGGACCAUCAGGGAGCUGACGGGAAAGCUGUCCGAGUGCGAGAAGGGGCUCGGAGGCAGCAGCGGCAGCAGCAGCCCGGACAGACGCGGGGACGCCGCCGCGCUGACAGGGGGAAGAGGAGCCGCGGGGGAGGCGCGCCUGGAGCGCAUGAUGGUGCGGGACAGCCCGGAUUCUGCGCCCGACGGGGUCCAUCUGCUGACGGUCGGAACUGUGGACGAGCUCGAAGCGGCGAUCACUCAGCUGAAAGACCGCAUAGAUAGGCUGGAGACAGACAUCGGCCCAUUCUCUCACAACCGCACAGACAGCAAGUCGUCAGAAGCAUCGGAGGAAAGCGGCCCAGAGAGGUCCGCUGAUCUGGGGCGCAGCUUCGGUUCGGACAAGCCCUGGGAGGUGGAAACCUUGGAAGAAGAGCUGGAGAGGAAGGUGGAGCUUCUGGAGAAGGAGAGGAAAGCCCUGAGGCUGGAAGCAGAGAGACACAGACAGGAAAUUGACCACGGCAUCAGCAAACUACAGCACCGAAUUUUAGGACUGGAGGAAGGUCCUGCGGGGCAUUCUUUCCCAGAGGGCUUCAGGCUGUCCUUCCCAACUCGGACAAACUACAUGUUCGCCCUCGUGAGACACCCCAUCCCAAAGCUGCGGGCCUUCACCGCCUGCCUGUGGCUGCGUCCGGCUGGGUCGGGAAUCGGGACCCCGCUUUCUUACGCCGUACCCGAGCAGCCCAAUGAGUUGGCGCUCCUUCAAGGCCUACACACUCCCACCGAGCUGCUCAUCAACGACAAGGUGGCAAAGCUGCCUCUGAAUCUCUCUCGGGGGAGCUGGCAACACAUUUGUGUGAGCUGGACCCAGAAAGGUGGAUCAUGGCAGGCCUACCAGGGAGGAAAGCUGAGGGGGGAGGGCCACGGACUGGCCCCUGGACAUCACAUCAGACCUGGGGGGGAGUUAGUCCUGGGGCAAGAGCAGGAUUCCCUGGGCGGAGGUUUCGAUUCAACCCAGGCCUUGGUCGGAGAGCUCUCUCAGGUGGGCCUAUGGGACCGGGUUCUGUCAUCUACCCAGGUUGCCAGCCUAGCUCGGUGCAGCAGAGUAACCCAGGGCAUUGUGGUCCCCUGGAACGAAAACGGGGUUGAAGUUUACGGUGGAGCAACCAAAGACCCGGGGGAGCCUUGUAGUAAACACAGCAAAAGCCCUCAGUGACUGAUAGAGACGGGAUCUACGGAAGGAUUGAAUCCAGCCAGUGUUAACGCUGAUUCAGAAUGUUACAAAAACAAGAAAUGAGUCCACAUGGAAAAUGAUAUUGCUUUGUAUUGACAAAAAGCAGAGAGAGAAUUUGCAGUACCUUCAUAAUCUGAACCUUUUUGGUGUUUUUAUGGAGGUAAAAAGGUGCACUCCAACAUAAGACAAUAUUUACACAGAGAUACAGCUGGAGCAUUGGUUUCACAAAGAAACGUUUAAGCAUGGCGUUGUUUAAAGUAAAGAAGGAUCAUAAUUUCAGAUUAAGCACACAUGAUUUUAUAAUUUUUAUAUUCUAACCUCCCGACAAUUUUAUCAAAAAGCCAUUGACCUGCUGGCUAAAGACUGAACAGCAAUUAUGCUAGCAAUUGCUCUUGUCUAAAUAUCUACUUGUUUUCUAUUCAGGAAACAACAUAGUGACAUAGAUCAUUUGAAAUUUGAAAUGUUUUCGGUAAUUUAAUCCACAACAGAAGGAAUUGUAUAGAAUCUUGACAAUUUUUAAUGAGCCUUUUGAAAAAGACUAUAAAGCAGUUAUAAUGCAUUAUGGUCAGACCCAAGCAAGCAAGCUAAUGUUAGCAUGCUAACGCUAAUAUUUUCUAGCUAAUAGGAUUUUUAGGGUCUGAGUACCAUAACUCUCUGUAUUUGUCUGCCCAAUUAGUGGGAUUUUAAAGAUAAUGAGGACAAUGUGAAAGGAAACUUUUUCAAAAUCCUUUUUUUUCCAACUCUAAGAAAUAAGCUUGUCAGAGAAAUUUAACAACAAAAACUAAAAACUAUAAAGUGAGCCACAGUUUGUAUUUUUUAAUCAUUUGUACACAAACAAAAACUCUAAUUAAGGUGGUUUAGUAUGAGAAAUGUAUUAUUAAUUAAUGAGAAAUAUACAGAAUUUUUGGUAUAUUAAGAUAUACAUCGAUCAUGUAUAGCAUUAUGACUGUUGACAAGUAAUGUGAACAACCCUGGAUGUUUUUUUUGUUUUGUCAUAGCACCUGUUAGUGGCUGGGAUAUAUUAGGCAGCAAGGGAAAUUUUGUCUUCAAAGAUGAUAUGUCUAACAUAUCAUCUUUGAAGAAAAAAAUGAGGAGUUGAGGAAGUUGGACUGAGGACAAAUAGUGGUGACUAGACAACUGGGACAUCUGCAAAGGUGCAGCUCAUGCGGGGUGUGCCCAGCUUUAAGAUAUAUCAAAUCAUCAUCUAUCUUGUUGCAGACCAGGAACACACUUUCCCAGAAACAGUAUUUCUUGAUGGCCUCCUUUAGCAACAUGGUGCACCAAAGGGUUCAGGAAUGGUUUCAGGAUCUCAAACAAGAUAGGCAAGAGUUGUUUCAGCAGCAAAAAAGGGGAUUCAUUCACGGGUAGUGAUAAUGUUAUGCCUGAUCGAUGUUGUUCCAACCAUAGACCAUGCUGGUGUACAUGUUUAUGGAAUGAGAAUCAAAAAGAAGUCAAUUGUCAUGUAUGAUUUGGGCUUUAAAACUUUGUAGCUUUUUUAAGGCAGAUGAUGUCGGUUGUAAAAAAAAAAACAAAAAAACAACAACAUCAUGUUGUCUAUCCCCUAAGAUCCAGGCUUGUAGGCCUACUCAGAUCUACCCUAUCUUAUUUAUUUUAGGAGAAUUAUCGCGUACCACCUGUCCACUUUCUAGAUCUCUGUUGUGAACAAGAUAUGGCCUACAGGGUGAACAGUUCGGACACAGUUGACGAAUCAGAACUUGUGAAAUGUUAGCAGGCAGGCUAUGAGCUCAUCCUCUCUCAGCUAACUGAGCAGCUGAGGUAUUACUUUCUAACAGCAUUGAAUGUAUGAAUCUUUUUUUUCUUUUAAUGUGAACACAAAUACCUAGCUUACCAAAUCACACGGUGGCACAGAAUAGACUACGAGUUAACAGUGUAUUUUCUCAUUUGAGUCAUAAGAGGAUAAUCACACUGCCUUUGAAAUCUGCCUAAGCAUUCGAUCUGUUUUACAACCGAUUGUCAGCGUUUCAGAAGUGUUUUCAGGGUGGUGUCAGUCCAUGUUUAGCAGAAAUAAGCCUCUUCAAGCACAUUGCCAAGGUUAAUAUCUUAACAUCACGUUUUCAUGUCCCAUUUUUACAAAAUGUUCCACCUUGUCUUUGAACUGCAGAAAAAUAGUGAUACAAUGAACGUCAUAUUCUUGUCGUAAAUGUCUGCGCACAAAACACCAUUGUGUGCUUCCUCUCCUGACUUUUUAUUUCUUGCUAAAUUCAAUCAGUUCCGAGACUGAGUCAUUCUCAGAGAGCUGAGAGCUCUGUGUGCAAAAUGUGAAGUCGAUUUGGGGCAGCUGGAAUCCCUCCAUUUGUGCAGCAGGCUUGGAGAGGAAUUAUUUAAGGGCUGUGACAGCUUUAGAGUUUCGGAGUCAAGGUAAGGCGAUGAAAAACGUUGGGGAAAGUGUUGGGAAUAUUAAGCAGUGGAUGGCAGCCAGGAGUAGAUGAUGAAAGAGAAAGGAAAGCAGGGGGAUGAGGAGGGAAAACACGGAUCAGAUAUGAGUGAUGUUACAUUGUUUUUCUCUACUGCAUGAUGUAAUCUAGUACUUAUAAUGUCUUGCCCCUGCAAGGUUUUGCAAAUUAGGUUGUUGCAUUUUACAUUCCUGCAAGCUGACUGUGUUUUUCUUUUGUUUAUUAAGGUCAAAGGGUCUCUUUUAUCUGUUGACCUGAUGCCCUUAUUUUUGACUUGACAAACAUGUGUCCCCAAUAUUACAUUUGAGAACUAAUAAGUGGUGUUAAAUGCAUCAGAGAUGUAUAUAUUACUUGAUAAAAUGUUCAAAAGGCUAAAAACUAAUUUAAAAAUGUUUUUAAUGUUCUACAUGCAUCUGUUCAACCAUAUGGUGUGAAAAAAAAUUAAGAAAGCUGCAACCCUUUCAUCGUAAAAAAAAAAAAAAAACAACAACAAAAAAACAUUCCAUGCAUGAAUGCUGCUGGGUGGUAAAUUUGUUGCUUAACCUUUUUGUUUUUCUUUUUGUAAAUCUGACUCUUAAUUAUUCAAGAUCUACCGGUAUAAACAAAUUGUUUAUUUCAAUGUUUCUUAAAAAAGCAGAUUAUUUUAGUUGCAGAAAACUAUUCACAGUGGACAGUAACUGUCAUGGUGUUUUCUACCCGUGCACCAUCGUCGUCCUUAAUAUCCUGAAGAUGUUUUUUUUUUUUUACUUAAUUAAGCAUCUAUGAGGUCCCUGAUGACAUUUUAAGAUUAAAGCAGUCUGAUCAAAGUUUUAAGUAUUCCUGCACAUUACUUGAAGCUUCUGCACGGUGCCACAGAACUAACACGAGAGCAAGUCAAAACUAUCUUGUUGUGCCUCGGUUCGUCUAAUGUCUUUGAUGUUUGGGUGUCAUGCUUGGUGUCUGUUCAGCUCAUGCCAGGACUUCUUAGGGCUUUUUGAUUGUAAUGUUUAUGUGUUUGUGAUAUAUGAAACUGAAAGCUAUUGGAUAUAAUUCUGUUUCUGUUAUGCUUUAUGAUCUAUGUUUGUACUGUUGAUUGCACAAAUACUGCUAUGUCCAUGUCUUGUACGGUGUUGUAUCACUCCGAACAUGUGCCGUGUUCAAACCUUAAAUCUUUAUUAAAGUUCAAAUUUUUUGGAGAAAA